UAUCUGUGUUCUGUGCCACCUGUCAUCACGAAUGUCGUGUUGCUAUCAGCCCUAGAAAUGAAUGGUUUUUCUACUUUUGAAUUUUUCAUAUGAAUUUUAAAAUUUUCAGAAUCAAACAUGAAUGCCGAAAUAGAGGAUAAUAUUAGGAACAAAAUAACCUGGAAUCAAUUACCGACACAUAUCAAACAAAUACUGGGAAAUUCGUCCAGGGAAUACGAUAAAUAUAUCGCGAAUUUUAGUGUAAGAAAUCAACUGAGAUAUAGAGGGAAUUUAGUGCGCCAUGUGUGGAAAAACGAGAAAAGAUAUUAUGAACGAAUUGUAGCAUACAGCAGAGAACGACUAAUGCUAUUUCCAUAUCAUUUGGCUGAUAUGAUUGUGAAGGGCCUUCGCAUAACACCAUUCAAUUAUUAUAUUUCUGUUGUUGAGAAACUCAUUCAAUCAGAAAAGAGUUAUGACACCUUACCUAACUUCACAGCUGCAGAUUGUUUGAGAUUAUUAGGUAUAGGACGCAACGAAUAUAUAGAUCUAAUCAACCAGUCUCGGUCGAAUAGAAGUCGUUUGUUUGGUAAGACGAAUGUAAGAAACCUUCUUCCUAGAGUGCCAUGCAACAUUCACAUAGACCCUUGGUGGAGGGUUGAGAUAGGACUUGUAUUAGAAGAAGAUAUCAAGAUGGUAAACGAUGAGGAAUUGGCUGUUAUUGAUAGACUUAUUGAUCUCGGAUCACAAUCCGCAGGCGAAUUGGAUUUUAGUAUCGUGACGAGUUUAUACAAGAAGGGCCUAAUAUACUUAGAUGUUCCAAUCACAGGAGCAGAUUCUGUUCAAGUACCUCCUUUACAAGGUUUUGUUAUGAAUAGAGUGACAGGAGACUAUUUCGAAACACUAUUGUACAAAAUAUUUGUAUCCAUCGAUGAACACAUAACAAUAGGUGAGCUGGCUAAUAGUGUGUUGGAAGUGGAUAUGGAAUUGGUGAAAGAAGCAGUCUCCCUAUACUGCAGGCUACAGUUCGCUAAAAAGUUAAACCCGGAGACAGACAUCAAAGCGAAUAAGAGACACCCAAGUUGGAACAGUAUACCUACAGAUUCUAACACCAAACAGGCAGCUAUAACACCGUUAACUUUGAAUUUUGACUCGAAGUCUUCAAGCUUCAGUUUGUCUGAAGAAAUUUUAUCUCCAGAACGUGAGCUUCCAGCUAGUCCGGCUACAAACACAUUGGACAGAAAGGGUCAGAGAAUCGCUUUCCUAUUCGAUUCUGCCCUAACAGCUUUCCUCAUGAUGGGAAAUUUAUCUCAGGGUCUCAAAAAACAUGCGGUCACCAUGUUCGAGGUUGGGAAAUUGUGCGAUGAGAGCUUAGACAGUUUCUUGGCAGAGUUGGAGAAAGUUUCAGCGCUUGAUGCUGAAGGUGAAGGUGAAGCAAGGAGGUUUUUCGACCAUGCAGUAAUUUUAAGAUCGACCAUCUUGGCCUUACGAAAACUACCUAGCUGUGGGCUGGAUCUUGUUAGGUUAGAAAGCUUACAGGCCUUGGAUGAGGCUACUUGUUUGAGGCUCUUGCAGAAAAAAUACAAGCUUUUGGUAUCUAUGGCUCCGUUGAACAGAGAAGUAAGACCAGUAUUCAGUUUAUCUCCACCCCAUUUGGGACCUACAGUGCCAGAAGUUAAUUCUCUGUGGUUCAAACUGUUCAUCUAUCACAUGACUGGAUAUGGACCACCUUCACUUCUUUUGGUUAAAGGGUCUACCAUCAAGCAGCUCCCUCGCAUGUUCCUGGGUUAUUCCAAACUGCUAGUAACAACAUGGCUGCAUGAGCCUGCCAUAAUACCCAUUUCGAAUGUGAUGCAUGUUAAUGCGGCUCUUCAAUUCGCUCCAGUAUUGAUACAAGCGUACGGGGUUCACCAGGUGGCUUUGACUAAAGUUAUACCUUUUCCCUUCAGACCAGACACACCCAUAAAGGGAAGCUGUGAAGUGAACACCGAUUAUCAAUACAGGAAACAUCCUGCCUCUAGAAUUCUCAACGAAAUCAUCGAUAUCGAACGCAAUUGUGGAUUUUUAACGUUUGUUAAUAUUGGGGUGUUGGAUUUUGGGUGUCCAAACAGGGAACCAACUGUUAGACUGGUUAAUGAUACAAAGAAGAGCAUAGUUGGUCUUUCAAAGAUCGAACGAGUGAAAUCCCCUUCUAACCCAGAAGAACACCCCACAUCCAUUUCUAACGAGAAUUUCAGUUUAACUGGCAAAAAGCACAAUUCAAGUUCAGUGGAGUCGUCUAGUAUCAAGGAAAAAGACGAACUCAAAAAAUCUAAAGUUCAAAUCGAAGAUGAUGCGCAUUGCAACAGUGCUUCAGAAAAAGAAUCAACAUCUCCUAAAAACGGUUUUAUCAGUGAAGAAAAUUCUAGGCUGCUUCAAGAAGAGCUGGAAAAUUUGGAUAAGGAAGAAAAUGUACUCGACCAGGUACUUGAAUUGAGAUUGAGCACUACAUUCUCUAUGGAAGGGUUGGUUACACCUUCCGAAGAGCAUGUGAGUAUGUUUUCGAGGGAGAGCAAUUCUAAGGAGGAUAUUGCGGAGGAAGAGAAAGAAGAAGAAAACAGAGGAGAGGUGUGGACAAUUUUGGACUGCCACUUUGGUGUGCCACUUUUCGACGCGAAUGCCAAUACCAAAAUUUGCGAUACAAUUGUGUUUGGUGGUCUAGCUGAGUCAUCUAGUUUGGCAAAUCUGGUGGAGUCUAGUAGGAAGUUGGGUUCUAUGCUUCUUGAUUUCAUUUCUCAGUGUCAGUAUUAUCCCGGUGAAAAUAUGGAGAUUAUGAAAAGGGGUAGGUUGGUACCCCAACCUAGGUAUAACCUAGCUUUCGAUAAUGGAAAAGUAUCGGAGUGGUCUGGAAAAUGAUAAAGUAAAAAUUUUCAGAACUUUUAGUGGUCUACACCAAUAUUCAGGUAUGCUUCUUAAAAAUACGAAGUGCUAAAACGAAGACUUGGAGGUAACGUUUGUGUCAUAAGUUUAAAACAUAUUUUUACAUGAAACGGAAAGGACUGAUUUUUGUCAGAUGAAUAAAUUUUUUUAAGUUAUUUCUACUAAUUUAAGAGAGGAAAGAGUUUUAUUUCUUGGAUAUUUAUUUGAAAGAAGUAUUAUUUUAUUUCAACACUUAAAUUUAUCUUGAAAAUCUCUGAACCUCGGAGACUUAAUUAUACAGUAAUAAACACUUGAAUUU